CGAUCUGGUCCGAGUCGCCGACUCGACGUGGACCGUCCACGUCGCGCACAAUCCAGCAACUGGACUGCCCACUUCUCUUCACUCGAGCAUGUGAUUAUUGUUAAGAAAAACACGCAAAACCAAGUAGCCGCGACGCAGGCCAGCGGAGAGAGCAGGGAUGGCGCCGGAGUCACACCUUUUCCUACACAUUCCACAGCUCAGCCGGACAUGUUUGCGGCAUCAACUCAUUUCGGUGGUACGUUGAACUGA